AUGGACAGUACAUCUGCAGCCAAACCUGCAAGUACAUCUGCUGCCAAACCUGCAGGUACUUCUGCUGCAAAACCUGCAGGUACAUCUGCAGCCAAACCUGCAAGUACAUCUGCUGCCAAACCUGCAGGUACAUCGGCUGCCAAACCUACGGUUACUCUCGCAUCUCACAGUAGUACAACUUCAAGAGCAACCACCAGGAUUUCUGAAGGUCUCUCAUGCAUCAUAUCACCAUCUGCUGGAACUGUACUUGAUGCUUUCAGUAUAACUUGCACAAGUGUGCAGCCUUGUUCUAACUGCCAGUACUGUUUUAAGACAGAAGAAAAGCAUCUUCUAUGCAGUAGAAACAGAGAAGUGAGGGUUAUGUUCCUUCCUCUUGGGGACAGCAGCUCUGAGUACAACCUCCCUAUAAAAGCAACUGCAAAAGACGGCAGGUUUGAAGUUAGCACCACUCUAACUGCACAGGUUUUGGAUGCUUCACCAGUCUCGAGCUCAGUGGAUAAUCUCGACUCUGCCAUAACAAAUGCUGUGGAUAAGAUUAGGAAAGAAGGUCUGUUAUCAGGAGACACUAUCGGAGAAAUGUUUAACUCUGUGGCUAAAAAGCUGAACAGCCAAACUGAUGAAUCAAAAAAAGAAAAUCGACAAGAGCUCAGAAAGAAGAUGCUGGACCUGAUGGUUGACACAAUAAAGACAUCCCCUACAAAAACUCCAGAAGAAACUCAGGUGGUAGCCAGAGGACUUACUUCCCUUAUCAAGAAAGGCGAUGAACUCAGCUUAUCCACACAGAUUGAUGCUGCUACAUUGUUUGCCAAUCUCAGCUUAUCUCUCCUGAAUAUGAGCACCAAAGACAAGGAAGAAGUCGUCAGUGCAGCAAGCAUCAUUGUGGAGGGAGUGGGCAAGAUCUUGGAGUACUCUUCCAAUAAAAACAUCUCUGAUGCUCUGCUUGAUGCUCUAAGCAUCACACAGAGUGCUUUGUUGAAAACAAUGAAGGUUAAUGAAGGUCCAACUAUAAUUCAAAAACCUCAUAUUACGUUGUUCGUUAAAAGGGUGACACGUGAGAGUUUAACAACAGAGUCCAUGACUGUUAACCUAAGUUCUCAGCCCACAUUUUCUCUGCCACAACUACCCACUAAUAUGUUUCCUUCAGAGGAACCAGUGGAUGUUCGAAUGCUGGGUUUAGAUAAAAACCCCUUUUCUUGGAAUGAGAAGGGAAACAUCAGUGGACAAAUAGGUGGUCUGUCCCUUACAAGACAAGAUGGAUCCGGUAUCCCUGUGGAGAACUUAAGUAAAGAUAUUGAGAUUCUGUUGCCAAGGCCAGCUGGAGGGCAAGUGAACUCGUCUCUUUUGGAUCUUGGGAACUACAGCACAACAGCCAUAGAUGUUCCUUCAGCUGACUCUACUCUGCUUUUAAAGAUGGUGCCUUCAGUGGAUCCUUUACCCUUCAAACUGUUCCUUGGUUACAUGGAUUACCCCACUGACACAAAUUAUGUAGCCAUGACGGAAAUGCCCCUUCCAGGAACUACUCAAGAAGAAAAAUAUACAUGGCUUCUUAGCCCCACAAAAUUAAAGGGGAACACUGGGUUGCAUUAUCUUGUGGUGAGGCCUAUUGUUGGUCCAGGUGUAAAAUCUAUAAAUGCCACAUUAUCUAUCACCCCCAUCACAUCCUCGUGCAAAUUUUGGAAUGAAACCUUAUUGGACUGGAAGGAUUCUGGCUGCAGAGUUGGUUUCAAGACCACACAUUUAAUCACCCAGUGCCUCUGCAAGCACCUCACAUUUUUUGGGAGCUCUUUCUUUGUGACUCCAAAUCUAGUAGACCCUUCACGCACUGCUGAGCUUUUUGCAACCUUUGCUGAGAAUCCAGUGGUUGUGUGCUUUGUCGGGGCUCUAUUUGUGACCUACCUCCUCGUGGUUGUGUGGGCACGAAGAAAAGACAUCAAAGACACAGUAAAGGUAAAGGGGACAGUGCUGGAGGACAACGACCCCAUGGAAAAUUACCGCUAUCUGUUGUGUGUUUGCACUGGACAUCGAAUAGGAGCCUCAACAUCCUCUCAGGUUAUACUUACUCUCCUUGGUGCAGAUGGAAACAGUAAGCCUCACCACCUAACUGAUCCAAAGAAACCUGUAUUUGAGAGGGGAGCGGUGGAUUUGUUUCUGCUGACUACACCUUCCUCUUUGGGUGAGCUGCAGGGCAUCCGACUGUGGCACAACAAUUCUGGGAGUCAUCCUGCUUGGUUUGUAGGCAACAUCUUGGUGCAAGAUUUACAGACAGAACAGAAAUGGUAUUUUCUGUGCAACUCCUGGCUCGCAAUAGACAUGGGUGAUUGCUGUCUCGAUAAACUCUUUCCUGUUUCGACUGAGAUGGAUCUGAAGAAAUUCAGUAAUUUGUUCCUUAUGAAGACAGCAAGGGAUUUUAGUGACGGACACCUUUGGUUUUCCGUGAUCAGUCGACCACCAAGCAGCACCUUUACUUGUGUACAAAGGGUGUCCUGCUGUUUCUCCCUGCUGCUCUGCACCAUGCUGACCAGCAUCAUGUUUUAUGGGAUCCCAACAGACCCCUCCGAGCAGGUCAUGGAUUUGGGUCACUUUCAAUUCACCUGGCAGCAGUUCAUGGUUGGGGUCCAGAGUUCCCUCAUCAUGUUUCCAAUAAAUAUACUCAUAGUCAGCAUCUUCAGAAACACUCGUCCCCGGGAGACGUCUUGCUGUCAAAGCCAAACAAAGAAAACAAGUCACCUCCAGCAAAAGAGCAGUGUACAGACAGUUUCCUUGCAAGCGACAACCAACACCAGCAAAGAUGGAAGCUCCACUUUAGACAUCACCAUAAAAGAUAUUGCAAGAAUUCUUCAGUCACUCUCUAAGACAGCCAAAUGCAACAUCCCGUCUAACAUGUCUGAGUUUGGACCUGAAAAAGAAACUGACAUCAAUGCUGUCCUCGCUGAGGUGGAAGAAUCUCUCAAACAGAAUACCAAAUACAGCAAUGACACCCAGACAAAAACACUGUCUCAACAAUCAGCUGAGGGGAUUCAAAAGAAGAGCAACAAAACCCAGCAUCUGUACAGACAAAUGUGUUACCUUGAAAAGGAGUUGAGUCUGAAAGGCCCCUCCAGCUUUCCAAGCCCACAAAGUUUUGACAAUGCCCGGCAGCAGGUCCAGAGGAUAAAGAGCUUCUUUGAAGAUCAGCUUUCUGCAUGCAGCCAUGUGUACCAAGAUGAACCUAAAUAUGAGAAGUUUAUUCCUGAGCAUGGCUCCUCAAGUGAUGGUGGUCAGAAAAAAAAGCCAAAGCGUCGGGGUGUGCUACCCUGGUGGUUUGUCUUUGUUGGUUGGUUGCUGAUAAUUGGAACCAGUGUUGUAUCAGGAUAUUUCACAAUGCUGUAUGGACUGAAAUUUGGAAAGGAGCGCUCCAUCAGCUGGUUGGUAUCCAUGAUUGUCUCCUUCUUUCAGAGUCUUCUCUUUAUUCAGCCACUGAAGGUGAUAUGUCUUGCAGUCUUCUUCGCAAUGGUAAUAAAGAAAGUUGAUGAAGAAGAUUUUGAAAAUGUGGCGUUUGAAAGAAGUGAAAGAAAUUCUGGUGAAAGUAAAAACCAACAAAUAAGCCAUCUCUAUGAGCCACCUCUUCCUGCAGACAUCGAGAGAAUGAAAAGGAACAAGAUUAUGAAACAGAAGGCCUUUGCUUUGCUCAAUGAGAUUUUGAUUUACAUGGGGUUCAUGUGGAUGUUACUGCUGGUGGCCUAUGGCCAGAGAGAUCCCAAUGCUUUUUUCAUGAAACAACACAUUAGAAAUAGCUUCGCUGCGCAUGUCCCAGACAGCAUGACUCUUCAGGAUGUGUUUACAUGGGCUAACACAACUCUACUCCAAAACCUUUUUGGUGAAUACCCAGGAUUUAUCACGGAUGGAAACUCCAAGCUGGUGGGGAAUGCACGUCUUCGUCAUUUAAGAGUUAAGCAGAACUCUUGUCAGAUUGCAAGACUCAUGCUUCCAUUAGUGUCAGGCUGUCAUGCCCCAUAUUCAUGGGAAAUAGAGGACAAGGGGUCCUACGAACCUGGCUGGAAUCACUCUGUUGAAGAUAAUAUUUCUGCCAGCGCCUCAUCUCCAUGGAUGUACCAGACUGAAGCUAAGCUCAGGACUUUACCAAUCUGGGGAAGACUGGUGCUCUACAGAGGAGGGGGCUUUGUAGCUGAGCUGGGCCCUGAUUUUCAAAAUGCCAGCAGCACACUUGACUAUCUUUUUCACAGUAAAUGGCUUGACGAGUUCACGAGGGCAAUCUUUGUUGAUUUUACCGUUUACAAUGCAAAUGUCAACCUCUUCUGUAUUGUCACACUGUUAAUGGAGACCUCAGCAGUAGGAGCAUUUCAGUUCCACAGUGAGCUGCACACUAUUGGUCUUUACCCGUCAACAGGUGGCCUUUACUUCUUCGUUAUGGCUGCUGAGAUCAUUUAUUUGCUUUUCAUUCUAUAUUACAUGUUCAAGCAGGCCAAAUUAUUGAAGCAACACCGGUGGGUUUACUUCAAGAACAAGUGGAACCUUCUGGAGCUGAGUAUCAUUCUGCUUAGCUGGAGUGCUGUGGCGGUUUUUAUACAGAGGACCCUGCUAGGACACCGAGAUAUAACCUACUACCAAAACCACAAAGACCAAUUUGCCAGUUUUUAUGAGACAGCUACAGCUGAUUCAGUGCUUCAGUAUUUGGUUGCCUUCCUGGUCCUUUUAUCCACUGUCAAACUGUGGCACCUUCUCAGACUAAACCCCAAGAUGAACCUGAUCACGGCUGCACUGCAUCGAGCAUGGAAUGACAUAUCAAGUUUUCUACUGAUCAUUUUGAUCAUAUUAGUGGCGUACGCAGUUGCGAGCAAUGGGAUUUAUGGCUGGAAGAUUUCAUCUUACAAAACGUUUAUAGAUUCUCUUUUGACCAUCAUCAGUCUGCAGUUGGGCAUCUUUAACUAUGAUGAGGUUUUGGACAGUAACCCUGUUCUUGGUGGAUUGCUGUUUGGUUCCUGUAUUGUCUUCAUGACGUUUGUGGUUCUAAAUCUCUUCAUUUCAGUCAUUCUGGUGUCGCUACAAAUGGAGCAAAUGCACCACAAGCCCUCUGAAGAAGAAGAAAUCGUUGACCUCCUACUGAACAAACUCUGCAACCUAUUUGGCAUCAGAUAUAAAAGUAAAAAAGAACCCAUGGAGCCUGAUGCAGAGGGCAACAGCAACUUGAACCUUAAUAACAGCAAGAAUACUCUUACUAACUCCUCAGCUGAUGCCAACAUUUAUCAAAAGUCUGACAACUAAAUAAACACCAAGUGAUGUAAAUAUAUCAACAAUAUCAACAUGUUAAUUUAGUCAUUCCUCUUUUCUUUUUUUUUUUUUUUUGCUUAAAAUAAUUUUGUGUUUUUCAGUAAAAGAAUGCUUAGAACAAUUACCAAGUAGAUCAGACACACAUAGUUACAUUGUCUUUAACUCUUUGUCUACCAGCUGCUUAUUCUCCGUCUUUUUCUGCUGUGUAUAGUUUCAUGCGAUCCAUUGGUCUUUUAGUUUAAAGUAGCAAUAACUGAGUAUUCUAUUCGAUAAGUUAUUCAAUAAAGCUUGAAUCAGUUAUUCAUAAUAUUGCUGUCAUCUUUUUUGCCAACACUUUAGUCAGAAUUAAUUUUAGAUGACUUAUUCUUUAUCCAUUCUCAAAUCCCCAUUAUCCAAUCUCAUUCUUUAACCAUUCUGUGAUAUAGCAGCUGCCUUGUGCAGAGUUUGAAUGACCUUACCUUUGUUAGUUUUCCAUCUACUGUGCAGAAUUCAGAAGAAUAACCAGCAUAUUUAUUUACUAGCUUUCCUUAUUUUCUUAGCAAUGACAUUAAAUGACAU